UCUAACAUAUUUUCCAUAAAGAGCAACAGACUUCUAGAAUCUGUAUGGGACAAAAAGUACAACUCAACACAUUCAUACCCGCAAUUUGAUAAAAUUAUAGCAGAAUAUUAGGGUUUGAAUUGUUAUAUGUAUUCUUCUUUCAAGGAGGCACUAAUUGUACGAAUUACAUAGUUGACUAGGAUUAUAAAGGAAUCCCCAACAACAAAGAAAGUAUAAUAAAAAUUACAAUAAGAAAUUCUUGACUCACACCUACACUCCAUCUAGAGUGGUGUAUAGAUAUGUUUUUAGCCAAACUUGUCAAGGUGAGUCAUUAAAAACCUUUGUGGACACCGCAUGUUAACACAUUUGCAAACGACAUCUCUAAUCUUACAUAUGAAAAAUCGACAAUCUUGAUUUCCAACUUCUCCUUGAUAAAAAUGUCAAUCCACUUCAACAUUUUUCUACGGUCAGGUUGAAUUGAAUUAUUGGCAAUCUCCCAAGCUGCUUUAUUAUCACAAUAAAGUUCCUUUAGUUUAUAAUCAAUUUUGGUGAGCAAAAUCUGAAUUCACAAAAGCUCAAAAUACCAUGAGCCAUCCCCUGAACUUAGCCUCUGCAGGAGAUCGACAUUAUGCUUCUUACUACACCAAGUAACUAGAUUCCACCAACAAAAGUUAAAAAAAAAAAAAAAAAAAAAAUCAUUCAAACAUCGAACACUAAUCAAUUAUGUUACCAACCCAAUCGGCAUAAGUGUACCCUUUAAUCUCCAAAUGUCUAUUCUUCAAGAAAAUUAAACCUCUUCCAGGCGAAGACUUCAAGUAAUCAAAAUCCUCAUCACAGCCACCAUAUGAUCUUCACAACAUAUGCAAUAUCACAAUAAGUAAGAGACAAAUAAACCAACCGACCAACCAACCUUUGUUAUCUCCCUUUAUCCAUUGGAAUUUGUUCUGGAUAUAUAGCUAGAUGAUGAUUCUGAAAAUAUGGGAGUUUUUGCAGACUUACACGCUAACAUACUAGUUUCGAAGAGCAAAUCUAGCAAAUACUUACGUUGGGACAAAUAAAAUUGUAGUAGAAUUGAGACAGGCAAGAGGGUUUUUCGGGAAUUGAGACAGGCAAAAACUUGUUCUAAGACUAAGAUGAAAUUGAAGUAGAAUAUUAGGGUCUGGAUUGGUGUAUGUAUUCUUCUCUCAAUGAGGCAAUAUAUAUACAAACUACAUAGUUCACUAGGGUUCCAAAGAAAUCCCAACUAAUAAGGAAAUUACAAUAAAUGAUUACAAUCAAGGAAAUGCCUGACUCGCGCCAACACAAUCCAACAAGAAAAUAAUCCAUAACUCUUUUUUUAUUUGGGCAUUGCUGGCUGAAAAUUUUAAAUCGCAUAGAAAAUAUAAGAAAACUGUUAGGGAGAUUAUCUUUUCAAUUUUUUUUUUUUUUAAACCAUAUGAUGUUGCAAUAAAGUAAGACUUCAUAAUUAAUUUUUUUUUUUUUUAAAAGAAGGUCAACCAUCAACAACCACGUCAUGUGAUUUACAAAAUGUAGUUUAAGAAUAUGGUUUAUCUAGCAUUACCCAAAAUAUAUCAAAAAAAAAAAAAACAAUAUCUGUUCAAAGUUCAACGCCUAGAAUUAGUUCUGAGCCACGUUUUUCUUUAGUUUUUGGACAAAUAUUUUCAAUUUCUCAAAUUUAUUUUGACUUCUGCAACUCGUGUCGGCGAGAAGCCUUUUCUUAUUCAUCACCCAGAUGUAUUAAUUCCCAUGAUUUAUAUAUAGUCAUCUAAUUUCAAACUAAAUAGAAACAAAGUUUCUAUAUUUGUUUGACAUUGAUAUAACUUCAAGAACUGAAUUAUCAGCCAUGGAAAAGCAAAGGUCUGUCUCCGUCGUUUUGUUUCUUCAUGCAGCACUACUGAUCUCAACUUGUUUUGGAAGCAAAUCCUGGCCUGCAAAAAAACAAGUUGCCUUGUUCAUCUUCGGAGACUCUUACUUAGAUUCUGGCAACAACAACUACAUCAACACUACAACUCUCGACCAAGCAAAUUUCUGGCCAUAUGGAGAAACCUACUUCAAGUUCCCAACUGGAAGAUUCUCCGACGGACGUUUGAUGUCAGACUUUAUUGCUGAGUACGCUCACCUGCCAUUUGUUCCACCCUUUCUUCAACCGGGAUUUCGCCAAUAUUAUGGUGGCGCGAAUUUCGCAUCUGCCGGAGCUGGAGCUCUGGUGGAGACUUUUCAAGGCGAGGUCAUUAACCUUAAAACACAACUGAAGUAUUACAAGAAGGUAGAGACCUGGUUCAGACACAAGUUAGGUGAUGUUGAAGCCAAAGUGACAAUUUCAAGAGGCAUCUACUUGUUCAACAUUGGAACCAACGAUUACAUAAGCCCUUUCCUAACCAACUCUCCCAUGUUAAAGUCCUACUCUCACUCACGAUACGUCGAAAUGGUUAUCGGCAACUUGACGAGCGUCAUCCAAGAAAUUUAUUCAGGAGGGGGGAGGAAAUUUGGGUUCAUCAAUUUGCUGGACUCGGGUUGUCUUCCGGGGGUCAGAAUAAUCAAGCCUGAAAAUAAUGGUAGCUGCUUAAAGGAGGUUUCGUCACUUGCCAAAUUACAUAACAAAGCUCUCUCCGAACUCCUCAUUCAACGGAACCAGUUGGAGGGUUUCAAAUAUUCACUCUACGACUUAAACAGCAAUCUUAGACAGAGAAUCAGGCAUCCCUCUAAAUAUGGUUUUAAGGAAGGGAAAACAGCAUGUUGCGGAACAGGUCAGUUUAGAGGAGUAUUUAGCUGUGGAGGGAAAAGAACAGUGAAGAAGUUUGAGUUGUGUGAGGAUCCAAAUGAAUAUGUGUUCUGGGACUCUUUGCAUCUCACUGAAAAGGUCUACAAGCAAUUUGCUAAUGAAAUGUGGAGUGGCCGGCCAUUGAACUCCAAGUCCACGACAAGUCAUUACAGUCUCAAGGAUCUCUUCCAAGACUUAGACCAACAAACAUUCGAAUUAUCUAGCAAACAAAUUAAUAUGGCAAAUACAAGCUUCCAAGUCUCUUGUGUCCUUGUCUUUUGUAUGUGCCUCGGCCUUCUCAUCACAGCACAAAGCCGCGGCCAAUUUGGGUUUGAAAAACCUGUACCCGUUUUCUUCUUUGGAGAUUCAUUUUUUGAUGCUGGAAAUAAUAACUACAUCAACACUACUUUUCGGGCAAAUUACUGGCCAUAUGGUGAAACCUUCUUCAAGAACCCAACCGGAAGAUUUUCCGAUGGUCGACUAAUUUCAGAUUUUAUUGCUGAGUAUGCAGAGUUGCCAUUUAUCCCACCGUAUCUACAACCUGGUAAUGAUCAAUUUACAUAUGGUGCAAACUUUGCAUCUGCAGGAUCUGGUGCUUUGGUCGAAACAAGCCAAGGUUUGGUGAUAGAUCUUCAUUCUCAACUCUCAUAUUUCAAGAGCGUUAGGAAGUCGUUGAACCGGAAACUAGGGGAUGAACAAACCAAGACCCUGCUAUCAAGAGCUGUUUACUUGUUUAACGUCGGAGGCAACGAUUACAUUUUCCCUUUCGAGAAAAACUCCAGUGUGCUCGGACCCCACCCUCAUGAGGAAUUUGUUGGCCUUGUGAUAGGAAAUAUCACUGCAGUGAUCAAAGAAAUAUAUAGAGAAGGAGGAAGGAAUUUUGGGUUUCUUGGUCUUGAUCCUCUUGCUUGUUUACCAUAUUCAAGAGCAGUUGUUGAGGGACAAAAUCGUGGUGGCUGCUUUGACAAAAUCACACCAUACGUAAAACUACACAACAAAUUACUUCCCAAACUCCUACAGAAGCUAGAGAGAGAACUCAAGGGAUUCAGAUUCUCACUUUCCCAAAUCUAUGAGUUUCUGACAGAAAGAAUAAAUCACCCCUCUAAAUAUGGUUUUGAGGAAGGGAAAGUGGCUUGCUGUGGAAGUGGUCCGUAUCGAGGAAUUUAUAGCUGUGGAGGCAAGAGAGGAACCAAAGAGUAUGACCUGUGUAAGAAUGUCAGUGAAUAUGUCUACUUUGACUCUGGUCAUCCAACUGAAAGGAUCUUUCAACAGAUUGCCGACCAAUUCUGGAACGGAACUCCCAACUCUACCGUGUCUUACAAUUUGAAAACACUAUUUGAAAUUAAGUAUUAAGUAAAUUAAAUCUUCUAACUGGAUGUUAUAAUAUAAGGAAAACUAAUGAAAAUACCUUGAAAUUUUUGAGUUUUAACGACAAGGAGUCAAUGGUACCAUGAUUGACGUUUUAUUGUAGAAAUAUGGUUUUUCGUUAAAGUGAACAAUACCGGUAAUAUUUCGUUAAAAUUCUCUAGAAUAUAAUCAUUUUUUAAUUUUUUUGUAUUUUAUUUUAUAGUUCAAUUUUUACUUUUAGACCUUAUCGAGCCAUGAAUUUUUGCCCACAAUGUAACGAGAAAUGUUGGCUCACAUAUAAUGUAAUCGCAUCUGUGUUUA